UGUCCGCGAGCAUCUCUUUCCAGACCUGCUGCUCUGUUGUGAAGGAUGUCACAAAAGAAGAUGCUGCAAUGCUCCACGGGAGCUCUGCUUCUUCUCCUACCCUGGUUCGGUGGCCUGGUCCUUGGAGAGAUCAGCAACGACUUCUCCCAGUGCCUUGAUUUCUUCUACAAUAAAGCCCCACCAAAGGGUGUCGGUGCAGCAGGGUACCAGCCAAUAUGCCAGCGCCACAAAAACCAGUACCGCUUCGCCAGCCUGUAUCACCGGCAGCAUCGUUCACCACUCUACUCCGCGUACGUACUCGGUCCUGCAGAUGGCAAGCGGCCCAAAUCUACUUGGAUGUUUGAACCUCAGUUGGCGUUUUCCUGUGCCAGCUCAGAGAUGCAACCCUUCCAUACCCCCGUGGACCAGAAUGUGAUUGAGAGCCAGGCGGUGUUUGAGGACUACAGGAACUCCAACUUCACCAAGGGCCAUCUCAAUCCCAGCAUGCACCAGAAGACAAAAGAAGACCGGGAGGCCACCUUCACGCUGACAAACGUUGUCCCUCAGCGAGCGGGCUCCAACUCUGGAACGUGGAAUGGUCUGGAGAAUGAGGUUUUAAGAAAAUUCAAGGCCUUCUGCAACGGGUCGAUGCAUGUGAUCACCGGAGCCAUGCCUUAUGAGUCUGAAGCGCGCUCGAUCAAUAACAGGGUGUCUGUUCCUGAGUACAUGUGGUCCGCCUACUGCUGCCCAUCCUACAGAUCCGACCUUCCUGAGUCUGUCAAGCCCUUUUUCCCCACAUAUGCUGCAGUGGGAAGGAAUGACCGCAACAGUGGAGAGGAGAUUGUGCCAGUUAAUGUCAAGGCGAGAGCCUCGGUGAGGGGCUACGAUGUGAGGCGCAUGUCUUUAGAGACUCUGGAGGGCAUCUUGAAACAGAGGCUGGCCAUGACCAUCACUCUGUUUCAAGGACAGUGUCAGUAGCAACGGUUAAAAGCUUUAGUUCCUUGCUUAAGUCAAACGUUAACUGUUAUUGGUGUGCACUGCAGUAAUCACCAUGUACAGCACAUCUUGUUAUCUUUAAUUACUGAAUGAGCGUUUGAUUAAUGAGGACAUGAAAUUAAUU